CGCGUCGGCUAUCUCGCGAUUCGCCAUAUCACAGCCACCUUUGCCGCGGAAUCAGUCUUCAAACACGCGCCGGGCAGGUCAACAACCGCGGGAAAAUCGUAGUCGGCGAGACGCGACGCGAAGUUUUCAUUUGUUUUCCAGCUGUGCGCGCCGAGUCGUCAAAUUUGUGCCGGACUGAAAAACUCGCGAAUUAAUGCAUUGUAGCGGAUUCUAGUAUAAAAAAUAUUCUAUUAUCAUUUAGCGUUUGUAGUACGUCGUGUAUAAGUAUUUGAAAAAAUUCGUCAUUCGAAGAUAAUCAUAGUGAAAAACAUUUUUUUUUUGUAAAACUUUCCGUCCGGUUUUCCUACUUGUAAUUUGCGUUGUGUAGUUGCACUCUAUACUGGACGUUUGCGAAUUUUUGGUGAGGUGGAUAUAGCGCUGUCUGUAUUGUUAAUCAAGAAAAUGCUCUUCAUAAGAUGUUCAGGACAGAAAUCUAAAUUAUAAGAAGCCUAUGAAAAUACAGAAUAUGGUUCUACCAAAAUAGAUGCCUAAAUUUCAUUUUAAAAAAAUAAAACGUGCUAUUUUAGAAUGAUGCUUUACCGAAAGUGGUGCAAAAAAAUGAAUACAUACAUACAUAGUACCUUAUUUGGAUAAUUGAAAAAGCGGAGCCGUCAAAGUGCGAAAUCAUUUAUAAAAAAGCGAUACAGCAGAGCAUAAGAACUACUGAAUAGUGGAGCAACUGUAUCGACAGUAGUAUUUUUUUAUAUCGAAGCAUCGCCUUAGGUAGGAGCCUAAAUCCUGGCGCUCCGCGGAUGCUAAAAGUAGCUUACAGACACUUUAUCUGCUUUUUGAACUCCAUAAGUUUAGCAGAACUGGGAAAAGCCUCCUCAGGCAGAUUCUUCCACAAUCUUGACACCCUAUGGACAAAGGAACGGUUGUACAGGCCAGUUCUGGAUGUACAAAGCUCCACAAGGUUAUAAUCGGAGUCUGAAGACAGGCUCAUCGCGCGGCGGCGUCACGGAGGAGGGCUCUGGGGAGCAAAGCCCAUCAACAUAGCGGUCCGUCGGUAUGAAAGGAUGCCGAGACUGUCCGCUGAAGAAGACAUCGAUCAGUCAGAUAGCCAACCUCUGAACAGCAUCGAGCAAGGAUAAUGUAGUCGGGGCGGCAGCUCCCCAAAUAUGUGAGCAGUACUCGAGACUAGGCCUUGUACAGAGUAAGGAGCCGUAAGCAAAUAGCCUAGCUUUUUCCCAGCAGCUACUGCGAUUGACAAUAUGUGUUCAUGCCACAUCUAGUUUCUCGGUGACCAGACGAAAUGAAGGGCUUUUCGGUAGAACUCGACCAUCUAUCGAAACCGAAAUGAUUACACACUUUUUUUGCAGCUCCGGUUUUUACGCUGUUUCGAUCCGAUCUAUAAUAUAUAGAUACUACACAGUGCUUUUCAAAAAGCCGACUCCUGCUUAUUUCUUAUUUUAAAGUGAUCAAAUUGAUGCAUUUGGAAAAUUCAAGAUGGCGGCUGGGCGCCAUAACGAAACAUUCUUUUAAUGGAAUAAGCAGUCAUGUGAUACUUCAUUUUGAAGCUCCUAAUGCGAAUUUAAUAACCCUAGAAUGUUCAAAAUGGGGAGGUGACAGAAUGUCAAAGUUGAGCGUUUUUGUACAUUGAAUCGCUUACCAAUAACAAAUCACCAUAAGAUCUUGUUCUCUCAGGGGGGUCCAUUUGAAUAUGUCAAAAACUAUCACCUUCCAGAAGAAAAGGAUUAACGUAACAUAUACUAUAACAUUUUGAUGUACAAAAACGCUCAACUAGUUCGCCAUUUUGAAAGAUAGUGAGUCUUAUUAUAUGAUUAUAAAGUAUUCACAAGGGGCUUCAAAAUGAGUCAUUACUAGAUUCAUUAUUUCAUCAAAAAAAAAGUUCCAAGAUUGGGUCUAGCCGCCAUCUUGAACAUCACCUCAAAUUUUGACAACUUGAACCUUUCAAAAAAUAAGCAUUGGAGUAAAAGUAUUAUUUCUUUGAGUCAUUAAUCUCUCUAACAAUGUAUCGAUCACAUCCAAAAACAAUCACAUACUUGACAAAAAAUAAAAAACGAACUUAAUGUCCCAAAAAGCUACGAGACAGACAAACCUAUUUCAAAAAUAUCCGAUAGCCUACAGGGAUCUCCAGAACUUUUGAAACGGCAAAUAAUGAACAACUAAAAUCUGUUUUCCAAAUAUCAAAGAAGACACCUCCAGCUAAAUACAAACUGUGCAACCCAAAGAAUCCACAAUUAACACAACAAACACUGCGAUGUUCACCUCACCUUACAACAAAUAACAUCAACCCCUCGCUACCACCUUCGCGACAACAUCCACGAUGGUGGCACGGAGCUUCCCGGGCGCCGCAGGGGUUCACCACCCCCAUCCUCACCAUCCCGUGCACCACCAACACACUCCGGAGGUGACCUACACCAGGCUCCUCCACGUGCCGUCGGACCACGUUGGAGAUGACGGCAAUUGCGGUUUUGUCACCUUGGAGGAGCUGAAACCCGCGAUGGGGGCUGCGACGCCCACCCCUGUGAUGCAUCACCCCUCUAGGCAGGACGCCACUGUCAUGCACCAUGAGCAGUAUCAGCCGACCUACUAUGAGCUGUCCGCAAUGGUCGAUGACCCUUGCUCAUCUAGUCUGCCUUACAUUACGACUCAGGACGUUGGUACAGCCAUGGAAGUACAAAGUGUGGAUAGUUCGCUCGUCAGUGUUAACAGAAAGAGGAAAACAUAUUUCCAAGAUGAAGGAGAUAUUAAAGAAGAUGGAGGUGAAGAUGCCAAGUCAGUAAAGUCCAUCGAUGAGAACAAAAAGCAGAACCACAGCGAGGUAGAGAAACGACGCAGAGACAAGAUGAACACGUACAUCACUCAAUUGUCCGCAAUGGUGCCCAUGUGCCACGCGAUGUCCCGCAAGCUGGACAAAUUGACAGUAUUACGGAUGGCCGUUCAGCAUCUGAAGAGUAUCAAAGGCGCUGUACCGUCGUACACGGAGGGACACUACAAGCCUUCGUUUCUUUCUGAUCAGGAACUUAAACACCUCAUAUUGCAGGCCGCAGACGGGUUCCUCUUCGUUGUGGGCUGCGAUAGAGGUAGAAUUUUAUACGUAUCUGAGUCUGUCUCGAAAGUCCUCAAUUUUUCACAGGGUGACUUAUUAGGUCAGAGUUUAUUUGAUAUCCUGCAUCCGAAAGACGUUGCCAAGGUGAAAGAACAACUGUCUUCCUUAGACCUCAGCCCCAGAGAAAGACUGAUUGACGCCAAAACAAUGUUGCCAGUUAAAACCGACGUACCUCAAGGCGCCUCCAGGUUAUGUCCAGGUGCCAGAAGAUCGUUCUUCUGUAGAAUGAAGUGCAAGACUACAGUACAGAUCAAAGAAGAAGCGGAUACCACGACUGGGUAUCACAGAAGAAGAAAACAUAGUUCAGAUAAAAAGUACAACGUGAUCCAAUGCACAGGGUACCUGAAAUCAUGGGCGCCUGCAAAAGUAGGUCUGCACCACCCUGUACAUCAAAGACAAGACUCUACAGGGGGCAGUGACACACAGGACAGUAGCGGGGGUGGACCAGAAUGCGAUAAUGACGGGGGAGGGGGAGAUAGUUGUAAUCUCAGCUGUUUAGUGGCGGUGGGAAGGGUGUUACCAGAUGUGACAGGUGCCGCUAACAGGAGUCCAGGAUUAGGAUCAGAUGUAGAAUCACAUCAACAAUCUGAAAGACAUCGACAGAACCUACAAUUCGUAAGCAGACAUGCCUUGGACGGCAAAUUCUUAUUCGUUGAUCAAAGGGCAACGUUAAUCCUGGGCUUUCUUCCUCAAGAGCUACUCGGUACUAGCAUGUACGAGUACUAUCACAACGACGACAUUCGAGCUUUGGCAGACUGCCACAAGAUGGCGCUGAAAAUAUGCGAUGGCGCUGUGACCACUGGGGUGUACAGGUUUCGAACGAAAACGGGUAGUUACGUCAGAUUGCAGAGCGAAUGGAAAUCGUUCAGGAACCCUUGGACGAAGGAGAUCGAGAACCUCAUCGCUAAAAAUAGUUUAAUAUUAACAGAUUAUGGGACUGUCGAAAGUACUGCAGAACGGACAGAUGGAAUCAGGGAAAAUUUGGAUUUUUUCACACAUUCGAACGCCAAAGAUAUACAGAUGAUGAUAAACAACCACAUAGAGGCGAGCAAAAUUGGAAGGCAAGUAGCAGAACAGGUAUUGGAUUCUCAAAGGAUACGGUGCGAAUCUUCAUCUGGGAGCAGUCCAGAUCCGGACGAAUCUUCCCUCUCUUUACCCAUGACUAGUGGAGAGUCUCAUAUUUCUACGAAUCUCCAAACGGACCGCACAGAUGGCAUUCGGAAUUACGGGUUGCAUCCAAAUUUCCAUGACAUUAGGAACAACGUAUCACUCUCGAGCGUGGCCACUGAUCCCGUUCUAGGUGGCAGCUGUAGCGAUGAAGGGGCCAUGAUGGAGAUACUGGACGGUAGUGGAACCACCAACGGCCACGACAGGGGGGGCAGCAACGGCAGCGCGGGCCAUUCUGCGGCCGUGGACGGUAACGACGAGGCAGCAAUGGCUGUCAUCAUGAGCCUUUUAGAGGCUGACUGCCGGCCUCGGGGGGCCUGUGGAUUUUUCUGGGACUGCCGUGGCCAUUGCCUUGACCUGAUUAGAGCGACACCCGAUGUUCUACCGUGUAGAUUGAUUUGUUCCUUGUGUUAGAUUUUAGCAAAUGCAAUACAAAGAAUGAGGAAAAAGGAUCCUUUAAGUAUUGAUCCCAAGAUGUCCGGUAUCCGUAUCAUACAUACAGGGUGAGUCACAAGUCGUGAAGAGACGAGGUGUUGAAGUUUAAAAAUUAAAAACAUUUUUUUUUAAUAUCUUCAAAACUGUCAAGUGAAUGUAACUAAAAUUUGGUAUGUGGAUUUACCUAAAUAUUCUCCACAUUCACAAGUCUUUACUUAAAAUUAACGUGCACCAGUGGCGGGAAUACAGGGGAUUAAUGGCAUUGUUUUUCCAAAUAAAAAUAGUACACCGUUUCUUUUUUCGCGAAUUUUCCGAAUUUUACCUUCAAUUCGCUACAAAUAAUUACUCUUGUGUUUUUUCCUAGAGUACAUUGUGUUCGUAAAAAUAAGGAAAAACAAACUAAAUAAUCAAAGCUUUAUUUCAAUAAAUAUUCAAAAAGACCACCAUUCUGAUGGAUACAAGUGCGGCAUCUUUUUAAUAAAGAAAAACGUAUUUAAUUUGUUGUGGCUUGAAUUUGACGAAACGCAUUAUCUAUUCUUUCGUGUAACUGAUCAAUAGUAUUAAUUUGUUCAGCAUACACCAGUUGUUUAAGAGCGCCCCACAAAAAUAAAUCCAGGGGGUUCGAAUCAGGCGACCUCACAGGCCAAUGUACGGGUCUGUUUCUACCAAUCCAUCAUUGUCUGAAAAAUAAUGUCACUAAUCCCCUGUAUCUCCGCCACUGGUGUCCGUUAAUUUUAAGUAAAAUCUUUUGAAUGUGGACAAUUCUUUUGAAGAUAUUAAAAAAUGUUUUUUAUUUUUAAACAUCAUCUUUUUAAUGAAGCCCUAGAGGAAAAAAUGUUACAUACAAGACCCCCCUUAAAAUGCGGUCCUGGGUAUGAUGUUUUACUGUUGGUCACGAACUGUGAAUCGCCCUGUAUACAAAAUUUUAAGUUCUCAACACGAUCCGAAAAUAUUUUUCGAUUUCGAAAUUCAAACUGCAACAUCCUGUAUAUCGGUGAGGGUAUUUUAGGACACAUAAUUAUAAAAAACUUUUCAUGUUACUUUUGGGCCUACUUUUUGCCCCAUAAAGUCUGGGUCUAUUUCCGAGGAAACACUUUCUAUUGGGCGGCUUGUGUAUAAGAAACAACUAGGUAUAGUAUCAGAAUAAAAGCAACAACAAAUAUCAUCAGACGAAGUAGCUGGAUAUAUGUAAUUCACAACCGAUUUUGGGGGUUACUGACCAGACGCGGACCAGAAUGUCUAGUAGAUAUUUCAGAAAAAAAUAGAUUUAUUUACAACGAAAUAUUGGUAAACGUAAGUAAAAAGGUCGCUCAUCUGUGAAUAGAAAUAUUUAUACGUCGAAAACGAAAAAGGAAACACUUUUCACGAAUACUAAAAACUAGGAUAACUGCAUGAUGCAUGGGCCACAGGAGAAUUACAAUCAAUAAAAGGAUCUUCAACAGUUAAUUUAUUAUUGCAAAAAAGUUCUAAAAAGAUGAAAAAUAGUAAAUUUAAAAAUGUAUUUUUGCGGCUAAGCGCAUAACCGCAAAUUUGUAAUGAUUGUGGCUUAAAAAAUGUAUUUCAAAAACUUCACUUGGUUUUCCAACUGUACUAUUCUUGUGAGGAAAUAGACUAGUUCUGACCGUUGCGACAAGUUUAACAUUCCAAGUUUGAAAAUGUAAACAGUUUCUCUCCAUUAAGCCAUUAUAUGUGUCAAAUAUUCCAGUUCAAAAAAUAAAUAACUGAUGAAUUAAAGAUGUGUACUCGUAUGUUUACAUGAGAAUAGAAAAAAUGCAGUAAAAGCAAGAUGAUGUAUAGUUGCAGAGUAUGCGGAUGUUAUCUUAACCUGCUUUUUAAAACCAUGAAAACUUGUGAAACAGUUUCGAUUUCAUUUUUUGAAAAAGUUUUAAUAGGUCGAAGUAAGAAAUGGCGUUCCUGAAAUGAAUGUGCCUUUAUCUACAAACCAAACACAAGUAAAGAUUCCUCACCGAUACCAAGGCGCUGGAUGAUCCAUAAUUUUCCACAUUGCACAAUUAUCGAGAAGAUGCACUCACAAAUCCGAAAAACGCAGCCGAAACAUUAUAAGCCCCGCGCGUCCUUUUCGAAUGCCCGUCUAGCAAGAACUAAUAAAAUAGUAAAAUACCGGUAAUAUUCGGACAAGUCUCCGUUUUUUACAUCCAAAGCACGCUUUGUUUUUGCUACAUUUUUAUCCGGCGAUCUGCCGACACCAUCCGAUCCCUCUCCGAAUGUGACGAAAGAAAGAUGUGUACCUACUCGUAUGUUUACAUGAGAAUAAAAAAAAUCCAGUAAAAGCAACAUGUAGUUGCAGCGUACACGGAUGUAAUUUUAACCUGCUUUUUAAAACCAUGAAAACUUGUGAAACACAGUUUCGAUUUUAUUUCCCUCAAGCUGUACUCCGAUCAAAAAACGAUAAGUUAAUUCGAAGGUUUUGAAAAAAGGUCUAUUAGGUCGAAGUAAGAAAUGGCGUUCCUGAAAUGAAUGUGCCUUUAUCUACAAACCAAACACAAGUAAAGAUUCCUCACCGAUACCAAGGCGCUGGAUAAUCCAUAAUUUUCCACAUUGCACAAUUAUCGAGAAGAUGCACUCACAAAUCCGAAAAACACAGCCGAAACAUUAUAAGCCCCGCGCGUCCUUUUCAAAUGCCCGUCUAGCAAGAACUAAUAAAAUAGUAAAAUACCGGUAAUAUUCGGACAAGUCUCCGUUUUUUACUUCCAAAGCACGCUCUGUUUUUGCUACAUUUGUAUUCGGCGAUCUGCCGACACCACCCGAUCCCUCUCCGAAGGCGACGAAAACAUGACGGUGCGAUGUUAUGGAAACAAAUGCAUAUACAGGGUGUUUGGAUGAUAUCCAAAAGUAGAUUGUUCCGAGUGAGUGACCUCCUGAGAAUCCAAAAUCCAAAUUUUGCAUAUUUGGUAUGAUUUUUUGUGGAUUUCUGUGAAUUUUUAGGAUUCGCCCUACUCUCUGGGAAAGUUUGCUGCUUUUCACAGUUUUUGGGGCAGAUAUAUAUUUUGGCAAAAAGUUAGAUAUCAGGUUGAUGUGGAAAUUAACUUAUAAAACUGAGGCGAUAAGAACUAAAAGUAGGUAGCUAAAAAAGGCUAAUAACUAAUAAAACUGUAGGGAAUCUGAUAAACCGUGUGUUUUUGUGCCAUGUUUUUUGUGUGCGAUAUAAAAAUGUGUAAUGUCUUUUUUAAUUCUUGUAAGCUCAAAUUUGGUUUCUUAAUGAUCUGUUAUUCAUAGGUGUGAACUAUUGUUGUGAUAAUAGACAAAUUAAUGUUUAGGGAUAUUCUAAUUGUAUAGCUAAGACUUUCCAGGAUAUUAUAUUUUAGUAAGUGGUUAUAUGUAAUGUACUGAAUGUUAGUAUUCACAUAGUUGUAGAUAACUACCAUAAUAUAUAUUCAUAUUGCUGGUGCUGUGAUUAAAAGAGUUGUAUAUUUUUAUGUAAAUAAAUGUAAUAGAUC